AUGGCUUCAAGACCCGUGAAGCUCGUCGUAAGGCCGCGAGGCAAACCAAUUAGGAAUCUACCUGAGGAGACCACUCUUGCCUUGCUCGACAGCACCGCGGACCUCUACAAGCGGAUCGCUGAAUCGUCAGGCACCUCGGUACACCGACUGCGCAUUACCAAGGGCAGCGAUGGCUCUCUCAUCCCCAAUUCCAAAGGGGUCACCAUCGACCGCACAGGCCUGCGUGAUCAAAGCAAAAUAGACGUCAAAGACCUGGGACCCCAAAUAGCAUGGCGCACCGUAUUCAUAGUCGAAUACCUCGGGCCCCUCCUCAUCCACCCCCUAAUCUACUACCUCCGGUCCUACAUCUACAGGCUCCCUCUCCUCAACCAGUCGCCCUCCUCGCUUCAAACCCUCUCCCUCAUCCUCAUCAGCCUACACUUCCUGAAGCGCGAGUUCGAGACCAUAUUUAUCCACCGCUUCUCCCUCGCCACAAUGCCCGUCCUCAACAUCUUCAAGAACUCCGCACACUACUGGCUGCUCGCCGGCCUCAACAUCGCCUACUGGACCUACUCCCCCUCGUCCCCGACCGCCAAGCCCGCGAACCCACUACUCACCUACGCCGGCAUCGCGCUCUUCGCCAUCGGCGAGCUGCUGAACCUCAACACGCACGUCGUGCUGCGGAAUCUGCGGAGCUCGGGCGGCACGGAACGCGGCAUUCCGCACGGCUUGGGGUUUGACUGGGUGACGUGUCCGAACUACCUGUUUGAGACGAUGGCGUGGGUGGGGAUCUGGAUGGUGAAUCGGAGCUGGAGCACGGGCUUCUUUGCGGUCGUGGCGGUGGCGCAGAUGGCGGCGUGGGCGAAGAAGAAGGAGAAGAAGUAUAGGAGUGAGUUUGGUGAUAGGUAUAAGAGGAAGAGGUAUGCGAUUUUGCCAGGAAUUUAUUGA